GCAAAUAGCCGUGGUGGUGUAGUGGUAUCACACCCGAGGUCUUAACACGUGCGCAGUCAUUCGUUGUUACUCAACGCCGUGUCAGUCUAGAUCCGAGGAGGUCGCGGGUUCGAUUCCUGCCCAUGGUGCUUAUUCUUUUUCUUUUGGUCCACCUCAUUAUAUCAAGUGGUUACUUCCUAUAUUUUUCAUGCAAGGUAUUUCUUUCUGCCCUUCCCAGCGCAGUCCUGCCAUUUGAGAUCGUAAUCGCGUUUUGCUCGAAUCCCUUCCAACUUGUCCAAUGGUUCCGAGCUUGAGUUUCGAAUGGUAAGUUAUUGUGUGAAAGGCCU